UCACUGUCAAAAUCUCAAAUGAGAAGUUUGUUGAUUAUUGCCGUAUCGAUUAGAUUUUUCUUGAUUUUUCUAGAAGAUAAUAUCGUAGAGCCAAUCUGCAGGAGUUUGACUGUCGACGGAUUAUUUUUUCAACGUGUAAGGAAGUCAACUCAAAAUGCCUCAAGCACGUCGUAAAACUCCCUUCAGCGGGAAGGCUAAAAAGCAGCAAUUACAAGCCAAAAAGCAAAACAAGACAUUGAUUAUGAACACCUCGUCUGGAACAAAUACUUAUGAUGUGGUAUCAGUGAACUACCAACCAAACAGGUCAAGGGGGCGUGGAGAUGCCAACCGUUACGCAUUAAAGUUUUAUCGAGAGACUGACGAAGAACUGAGUAUGAAGAAGGAGGAAGCAUUAAAAUCCCUGAACCCGGUGCCCGAGAAAGAAAUGGAGAUUGACCCGACAGACUUCUUUCCGAAGGAGAUAUCCUUCCCGAAGAGACCACCGUGGGAUUUCAGCAUGACACCAGCCCAGUUAGACGCACAAGAGCAGAGAUAUUUUAGGGAAUACAUCCAAGCACUCCAGUCCACCCCCCACUGGAAGGAAAUGUCAUAUUUCGAACUCAACCUGGAAACGUGGCGACAGUUGUGGCGUGUUCUGGAAAUGUGCGAUAUUCUGCUACUCAUCGUGGACGUGAGAUAUGCUGGCAUGAUGUUCCCCCCCUCCCUGUACGAAUACAUUGUGAAGGAAGAGAAGAAGAACAUGAUAUUGGUGCUGAAUAAGAUCGACCUGGUGCCAGCCUCCGUGGUGGCAGCGUGGAAGCAGUACCUCAUGAAAAGAUGCCCCGGACUCCGGGUGGUGUAUUUCACCUCUUGUCCGGGAUAUAACCUGACCGGGAACAGCAGUGAUAAGGCUGGUCUUCAACUGCGCAGGCGCAAAGGCCGCCAGCGAAUGUGCGCAGAGGGCGCCACUAAAAUACUAGAAGCAUGCAAGGACAUCGUGAACGCAGAAGUUGAUCUAUCUUCAUGGGAGAAGAAGAUAAAAGAAGAAACAGACGUUGAGUUCGAUGAUGAAGAAACUGAAAUUGGUGAGACGAUUCUAGAAAAACCCGACACAACAUUCUACACUCAUGAGCGGUACAAGAAUGGAAUACUCACGAUAGGCUGCGUCGGUCAACCAAACGUGGGAAAGUCUUCCCUCAUGAACGCUAUCAUGGGCAAGAAAGUUGUGUCUGUAUCCCGGACACCAGGACACACAAAACACUUCCAGACAAUAUUUUUAACGCCACAGGUCCGUCUGUGUGAUUGUCCAGGUCUGGUGUUUCCUUCCAAGGUGCCACGUCCCAUACAGAUCCUCAUGGGGUCGUACCCCAUAGCUCAACUACGGGAACCCUACACUACCAUACGGUAUUUAGCAGAGAGACUGAAUCUACCACAAUUACUGCGCAUGAUGUCCAAUCCAGAGAACGAUGACACCUGGUCGCCUCGAGACAUCUGCGAUGGAUGGGCCAAGAAACGUGGCUAUCUCACCGCCAAAGCCGCUAGGCUUGAUACAUACAGAGCAGCCAACAGUAUACUCCGGAUGGCGCUUGAUGGCAGGAUAUGUCUGUGGCUGAGGCCUCCAGGCUACACGGACCAAAGGGAAGUGUACGAAACCUGCGAUGAAAUCAAAUACGUAAAAUGGGUGCAAGCAAUAACAAAAGGCGACGAUAUGCCCUCGUCAUCCGUUCCAUCAUCAGACACCGAUGAGCGGUCGGGCAAUGGAAGCUCCGGCGAUGAAAGUGCUGACGACGGCGAUGACGAUGACGAUGAUGACGACGAUGACGACCGCACGGAGAUGGCGAACAAAUUUGCAGCUCUAGCUAAUGAUGAUUAGUUUUAGUUGGUGAUGAUGAGUGUUAUAUAAGCUAAACUAAAUUGUCAUUUAUCAAAAUUAAGCUUAAUUUGCUAUACUCCGCGAAAAGCAGGAGAAUCUGUGUGGUGAGAAUCUGUUCAUUGUAAAGU